AUGGAUUGGUUGUCGACAAACAAUGCGACGCUAGAUUGUGCAAGAAAGAUAAUAUCCUUGCCAUUGUACACUGUACCUAUAAUGAAACCAAGUCAGUCAAGACUCUUGUUUGUAAUGCAAGCAGAAAAGUGCAUUCAACAGGGUUGUCAGGCAUAUAUGGUAUUCUUUUCCAUUCAUGCUGCUUAUGAUGAAGGAAUUGAGAGAAUCAGAGUAGUGAAUGAGUUUCCUGAAGUAUUCCUAGAAGAAGUGUCUAGAUUAUUGCUUGAACAAGAGGUGGAAUUUUCUAUUGAUCUUGUGCCUAGAACAAAACCCAUAUUGAAAGCUCCAUAUCGGAUGUCUCCAUCUGAGUUGGCAGAGCUAAAGAAACAACUGGAGGAAUUUCUAGAAAAAGGUGUCAUAAGACCGAGUGUGUCUCCUUAG